GAAGAAAGAUUGAUGCGGUGACACGCGGCAUGUUUGGUGCUAACCGGAAGAAGUUUAUGGAGGGGGGGGUAGAGAGCGACUAUGCGGAUGACUCCAGCCUCUACUACAGUCAACAGUCCAUGUUCCCAACACACCGCCCUGACAAAGAUAUGCUGGCGUCUUCCUCAGCGUCCUCACCGGGUCAACUGUCACAGCUCGGAGCCAGUUUAUACGGCCCGCAGAGUGCGUUGGGGUUUCCCAUGCGCGGUAUGAACAGCAGUGCAGCGCCUCAGUUAAGUCGAAGUGGGCUCAACCAGCCUGGCAGUCAGCUACCCAGUCAUGCCAAUACACCCAACACCGGCACGAUGCACACGCCUCCCUCGCCAAGCAGGGGUAUCCUGCCUAUGAGUACCAGGAGUGUGCUGAACCACAGCCAGCAGGUGGGGGGUCCGACGGGGCAGCCGAUUGGCAUGGGAGGAGGAGGAGAGAGGGGAGGCGGAGGAGGGAGGAGUGGCAGCAUGGGGAGUCCCAGCCGGUCGUCACCAAGCAUCAUCGGCAUGCCCAAGCAGCAGCAAUCACGGCAGCCUUUCACUAUUAACAGUAUGUCAGGGUUUGGUGUGAACAGGAAUCCAGGUUUCAACAUGAACAACUCGAUAUCCAACAACAUCUUCAACGGCACAGACGGCAGUGAGAAUGUGACGGGGUUGGAUUUGUCUGACUUCCCUGCGUUAGCAGACAGGAGUCGAAGGGACGGCGGCUCGAAUCCGACCCCGCUGCUGAACCCGUUGGCCGGCCGGGCGCCGUACGGUACGAGUAUGUGUGUGUUUGGCAUGGUAACAAAGCCGUCCAGUGAGCAGUCGCAGGACUUCUCCAUCCACAACGAAGAUUUCCCAGCUCUCCCUGGGCCCAACUACCAAACAAAAGACACCAGCACCAGCGAAGACAGCAAACCGAAUCUGAACUCAUCAGGAAAGCCCACCUCUAACUCAGAUGGUCCCAAGUUCCCCGGCGAUAAGAGCUCCGUCGCGCCGAGCAACAACAACCAGCAGAAGAAAGGGAUUCAGGUGCUUCCUGAUGGGCGUGUGACCAACAUCCCGGUCGGCAUGGUGACGGACCAGUUUGGAAUGAUCGGCUUGUUGACGUUCAUCCGGGCGGCGGAGACGGAUCCAGGCAUGGUCCACCUGGCACUGGGCUCCGACCUCACCACGCUCGGCCUGAACCUCAACUCACCGGAGAAUCUCUAUCCUAAGUUUGCGUCUCCGUGGGCAUCGGCUCCGUGUCGACCGCAGGACAUCGACUUCCACGUUCCCUCAGAGUAUUUAACCAACAUCCACAUAAGGGACAAGUUAGCAGGUAUCAAGUUGUCUCGAUAUGGUGAAGAUCUGCUGUUCUAUCUUUACUAUAUGAACGGAGGAGACCUACUACAACUCCUGGCUGCAGUAGAACUCUUUAACAGGGACUGGCGGUACCAUAAAGAGGAGCGGGUUUGGAUCACCCGGGCUCCCGGUAUGGAGCCCACGCUGAAGACCAACGCCUAUGAGAGAGGGACCUACUACUUCUUCGACUGCCUCAACUGGAGGAAGGUGGCCAAGGAGUUUCAUCUGGAGUACGACAAACUAGAAGAGCGACCUCACGUUCCCUCCACCUUCAACUACAAUCCUGCCCAGCAGGCCUUCUGAUUGGCUCUCCCUCCUCCUGCCUGCCUGCCAUUGGCCCUCCUGGCUCAUCAGUCAUCGGUUUUUGUUUUCUUUUUUUGGGUCCCACCUCCACACACUCAAAGUGAAAUCUGGCCAAUAAGGACUUUGGACGCCCUCUCAAACACCUCUCUGAAUAGACUUUAUCAUUUUAAACUUUUUUCUGAUUUUGUUUUUCUUUACCUCAUUCUCUCCUUUUUUUUGUUUUAAAUUUUAUUUCCCACCCUCCUCCAUGAGUUUGGUUUGGUUGAUCUGUUAUGUGGAGCACAAACUUUAAUGUCAGCAGGCAGCACAGUACAAAACAGAGAAGACUCAGUGCUGUAAAUAACUGUCCAUCUGAUCGAGUGAUUCACGUUUCUAUUCAGUCUUAAGAAUCGACUAUUUUUGUCUAGUAAAGCUUUUAAGAAGAACCAGAUUUUAACACAGAUCACAGGAUUCAAUCACCUGUCAGAAUGGAUAAUUAUUUCACACUGCGUCAAGCCUCUCCGGCAUUUUGGCAGGAACUGAAAAUAUUUAUCAUUUGUCUAUUUUUACCAGGUUUUUUUCAGCAUUACAGAUCAGACACGCAUCAGCAGACAGUCGACAGUCAGGAGAGGAAAUGCAAUGUACAUUGUAGCACUAUUUCAUAAUAAAAGAAGA